GAAUAGGUUGAGCUUGAACUGCUACGCAGGCAAGCCUAUCGUUUUUGUAAGUGGCAAACAAAAUAUCUGGGGAAAAAUCAAACUCCUUACUUCCCUCUCUCGCUUGUCCCCCAAAUCCCCAUUCCCCGCGCUUUCUCUCCUAUCGCCGGCGUUGAAAACCUUUCUCUCUCCUCCCAUCGCCGGCGUCGGAAACCUAGAACAAUCGUCACUGCCAUUCUCUCUCUUCUAAUCCACCGCCGCGUCAUUUCAUCCGCUGCAGAGUUGCAAAGCCCGAAUUAAUGGAGAGACGAGCGAUUGCCAGAAACGAACUUCUCGAUCAAUGGAGAGCUAUUGAACAAGAACAAGAGCAAGAAGAAGAUGAUCACAAUCAUUGUGAUGAUUCUUCACGGCUUAAUCGAAUUCAACAAGCUAAAGAGACUUGGUUUACAGAUGCAUACAAUUUCUUGAUUCUUCUUUCCGGAGAGAGUCAUCCUUGGUGUGGGUUUUGGGAUAUAAUGAGUCCUUUCCUAGAGACAUUUUUUAAUUACUACAAGGUUGAGAGCGAUGAUUCACUUCUUAAAAUUUUAUGGAAAAAAAUAUCUCGAGAUAUGAGGAAGUGUACGGAGUGCAUUUCUCGGCACCACCAGGCCCAAGAGAUGUACAAAGCUGAAUAUGAGUCAAGUUUUAUUUCCCCCCUACUUAAUACAUUACAGUCCCUUGAUGAAGAAAGAGUCUCUGAACACCUAAAAGAAGCUAACUCAAGACUUGCAAAUGGAGGGUAUCAUAAUCUUGACAAUGCUGAGAUCGUUAGUCUAAUGUUUGAGGUCUUAACCUUUCCUACAUUGUUGGAUAAUGACUUCAUUGUCAACGAAUUCCAAAAAUUGAUUGAGGCAGUUGAUGAUGCUCAUGAAUUAGCACUAGCUAAGCAACAACACUUUCCGGGUGUCUACGCGUUGCUUUUUUUCAAAAGCAGAAAAUCACGAUCUAUUGGCCAUCGGUUAGCUGGUAAUUUGGGAAAGCUGAGGUCUGCGGCAGAGUUGGAACCUCUUCAGCCUUUCCUUAAGAGAUGCAUUGGCUUUCUGACUGGUGAUGUGAUGCAACCAACUUCUGAAAAUUCAAGGCCAAGAGUGCAGAUAGAUCAUAUUACUGUAUGGUUGGGACUCAAAGCAUUGCUUUCCUUUUUGGAACCUCCUGCACUAGAAGACGGAAUAUUGGAACCACAUCCUGUAUUUCUCAAUUUUGUGCUGGAUCACAUCAGUGAUGAUUCUCCUGAGUUUUCUCAUGCAGUCAAUUGCAUGAGGUUGCUCUUUGAGAUUUUGGGCUGUAAGCUUUGGUUGAGAACUUCAUUACCUCCAAGUGUUAUGCGCGACUCACUACUUAGCCAAUGUUUUCAUACUCGAAAUGAGAAAACUCAUAAAGAAAUAUUUGAUCUUUUCCAACCAUUUCUGCAGUCUCUGGAAGCUUUGCACGAUGGAGAAUUCGAAAAGCAACGCAGACAUUUUUUAUAUUUUCUCUUGCAUCAAGUAACAAGGAGUAGUAACUUUAGCAUGCUGAUGAGGAAAAAGGCUUGCCAGAUUGCUUUUCUUAUUAUCCUUCGUGGUUACAAAAUGAAUCCGCCUAGCCCACCCUCUGAGUGUGCGCACAUGUGGGGCCCUCCUCUCGUGUCUUCUUUGAAAGAUUCGACACUCCAUACUUCUCUGCGGCAACCUGCCAUUGAUCUUAUUCAAACGAUUAUUGUAUCCGAUGGUACUGCAUUGCUGUCUUCCUUAAUGCACUGCGAAACUCCAUCAGAUUGUAGCAAUUUUUUUGAACUGAGUGAAGAAAGUGAUGAUGUCACUUCAUGCGCUGUACCGGAUGACAAGAAACAUGUUUGUUGCUGGAAUGAAUUUACUUUUCAGAGCAAUAUUGUCUGUCAGGAAUACACUGAAUGGAUGUGUGUUCCUAUGUUGUGGUUUGAUGUUUUGGCUGACAUUGAACCUUCUAUUCUACCAAUAUCAAUUGCCAAAGCUGUCCUGUGGGCUUUAUCUCGUUUUUCCAUGGUGGAGCCUGAAAAUAGCUCUGAGCUAUCACUUCCUGUUAAAACUUGGCUUUCAUCAGGGGCUGUUGAAGUUGCAGCUUUUUUGGGCUGGAAAUCCCCUACUGGCUCUGAUGAUAGUGGAGAUGGGAAGACAUCAAAAAAUUCAGUAAGAGUGUCAACUAUGUGUAUCCCUUUGAUAAGAACCUUUCGGAGGUUAGCUGCACAAUUCAUAAUUCAAUUGGAGCAAAGAGAGCUACGAAAGCAGUGGACUUGGGAGCCACAGAUGGGUGAAAGCCUGAUUCUUUUGCUUUCAGACCCUAAUGAUAAUGUCAGGCAAGUUGGAAGGCGUAUUUUGGAGUAUGUCUCAAAUACGCGGGGCCUAGCUUCUGGUUUACAGUUCCUCUGUAGUUCAGGAUCUUCAUUGACUGCACUUUUUCAAGGCUUGAAGCAUGCUUUGAAGCUGGUACAGUUGGAUUCCGUUCUUGUCAAUUUCCAGAGUCUUCAUCACUUCUUUUUUCUCCUGUGCAAAAUUUUUAAAGAAGGAUUUUCAACUCCUGCUCAUCCAGUGGGAACUUCAUCGGAUGAGAUGAGUCUUAAGUUUGCAUCCCAAGGUGGGUUCUUGCAGCAGACAACCCUGAACUGUUUGCAAGUGAAUGACAGAAAACAGUUCUUCAAGAUUGAGAAGAAACUUUGGGAGAGUUUCAGCUCUGAGCUUGCUGAAGUUGCAUGGGCUCCUGUGAAGAAAUGUUUGCAUAAAGGAAUGACUUUCAUGGAUUUCAGAAUUUCACAGAUGUCUUGUGUCCGUUUGCUUGAAAUCCUGCCCAUUUUGUUUGGCGAAUUUAUACAAUCAUCUGAUGGGUCUCUUUGGAAAUAUUCGAGGAAGAUGAAUGGCUUUUCCGACUUUAGCUGGCUCCAUGAUCUUGUAGAUUGGGGAAAGUCUGCACUGGAAGUGGUGGUUCGAUACUGGAAGCAGUCAGUGAGUUCUUUGCUUGCUUUGCUGAAGGGUUCAUGCAAUGAAAGAUCUGGGGCGAUUGUCACAUCUAUUGAAAAGUUAAUUGCAUCAGAUGCGGUUCCAAUGGCUUCGUUGCGGGAGCAAGUAUCACUUCUUUCUGCUUCAUUGUCAGAUAGAGUUUCAUAUAUUGAUAAAUCUAAUCGGAAGUCAAAACCACCAUCAGAUGGAUUGGAAGCUGGGAAGAAGAGCUCGCCUAUCGAUAUUGAGUCCUCUGUGCAAAUUUUGGACACUGUGGACAAUAGAAGCAAGGGAAAUUACGACCCUGUAAUUCUUUUGUCAGAUGAAGAGACAGAAGAUGUUGAAUCUCCUGUUUCAGUUCGUGAUUUUAUAGAACCAAGUAAGGAAGAUGUUUUGGCUCCUUCUGCCGAUAAGCCUGUUUUGCAAUCCAACAUUCGAAAGAAGACUUCUGAAUCUAGCACUACACAGAAUUUGUCAGAUGCUUUUGGGAAAAGAGUUUCCAUAAAAGAUGCUGCUCUUGCUUCAAUGUCUCAGAAAUCUGUUGUGACAAAACAUGCCUUGACACCAACAUCUCUAACCAAAAUAAAUGACAAGGAGAUUAGAGAAAAGGACAUUUUAAAGAGUAUUGCAAAUGAACCCAUCUUAUCUCUUGACAAAGCAACUGCUAGAGCAUCCCCUGCUGAAGCAGCCAAAAACAAACACUUGGUUAAUGCCCAGAAAAAGAUAGUUUCUGGUUCAAAUGACUCAAUUUUAAAGAAAAUCGUGCGUGAUACUGAAGAUCCAUUAGAAUUUGCAUUGAAGUCUGCUGGACGUAAUCAUUCAUCUCUGAAAACACAGAGUUCCUCGUUUCCUAAACGGAAACUCAUUCAACUUGCAGAUCCUGUUGAUAGCAGAUCUGUAUACUUACGGAAGCUGGAGGCAGCAGCCAGACGAUCGAAGCCUCCAAUGAUGGAUGGAUGGUUUAGGGAAAUACUGGAGAUGGACUAUUUUGCUGCCGUCGGAAUAGCUACUGAUCAAGAAGAGAAGAUUAAGACCCCUCUUGGUUUAAAGGAGAUUCCAGUAAGUUUUGAGUCACCUAAGCAGUAUCUGGACAUUUUCCAGCCCUUGGUCUUGGAAGAGUUUAAAGCCCAAUUACGUAGUUCUUUCCAAGAUGUGUCUUUAUUAGAGGAGAUGUCUUGUGGCAGUUUGUCUGUGGUUUCAGUUGAACGAGUUGAUGACUUCCAUCUUGUUCGAUGUGUCCAUGACGAGCAUGGUUCUUCAGUAUCUAGCAGUUGUCUUGAGAAUGACUUAGUUUUACUCACUAAACAACCCAUAAAGAAUUCUCCUCAUAACGUUCACUUGGUAGGAAAGGUGGAGAGACGUGAGAAAGACAACAAAAGAAGGCUAAACAUGCUUCUGAUAAGAUUUUAUCUUGUAAGUGGAUGUUCACGUUUGAAUCGGGCUAGAAAACAGCUUCUUGAGAGAAGCAAAUGGUAUUUGAGUCGUAUUAUGAGCAUUACACCUCAACUUCGAGAAUUUCAAGCACUUUCUUCAAUUGAGGUCAUCCCUGCUGUACCAGUUAUAUUGAAUCCUGCUGACCAUUCACAUGCUUCUAGUCAGAAUAGAAAGGUAGAUUUGAGCAAGCUGUCACGACCAAUGCAGCAAGUGCUUAAGUCAACCUUCAAUGGGAGUCAGAUUCAAGCAAUCAGUGCAGUUGUAGAAACCCCUGAUUCUAGAAAUGAUUUCGAUUUGUCUCUUGUUCAGGGUCCUCCAGGUACUGGGAAGACACGCACUAUUGUGGCUCUUAUCAGUGCGUUGCUUGCAGUAUCAUUACGGCCAAAUACCACGGAAAAACAAUUGAGUAGCAGUUUGAAACUCCAUUCUACUCCAUUCACCAAUUUCAGGAAAAGUAUAAGCGAGUCUGCUGCUGUUGCGAGGGCAUGGCAGGAUGCUGCCUUGGCUAGGCAGCUGAAUGAUAAUGCUGGGAAGGAUAUGAAAAUGCCAAGGACCUCUAUGAGAAAGAGGGUGCUUGUUUGUGCUCAAUCAAAUGCUGCAGUUGAUGAAUUAGUCUCAAGGUUAGCUGGUGAAGGUCUAUAUGGUAUUGAUGGAAACAUGUACAAACCAUACCUUGUACGUGUUGGCAAUGCAAAAACAAUACAUCCAAAUUCAUUACCUUUUUUCAUUGACACACUAGUAGAACAUCGUCUCGCUGAAGAAAAGAUGGCUGUGGGAGAUGGAAAAGAUGACUCGACUGUAGAAUCUUCGACAACACUACGUGAUAGUCUAGAAAAGACAGUAGACCGAAUUAAAUUUUACGAAUCUAAACGUGCUAAUUUGAAAGAUGAAGGUGCAGAUAAAAAUGGUGCUCCCGAUAAUGAACAUCUUGAAUUUGAUAAUGGAAAGAAAUUAUCUAAUUCAGAGCUGGAGGUUAGAUUGAGAAGCCUUUAUCAUCAGAAAAAGGAGAUCUAUAUGAGGCUUGCAGCAAUACAAGCACGGGAAAAGAAGACUAGUGAAGAAAUUAGAGUGUUAAGGAAUAAACUGAGGAGGUCAAUAUUAAGGGAAGCUGAAAUAGUGGUUACAACCUUGAGUGGCUGCGGUGGAGAUCUAUAUUCGGCAUGCUUUGAGCCCAUGUCUAAUAGUAAAAUUGCAAGCCUGUCUGAGCAUAACUUGUUUGAUGCUGUUGUCAUUGAUGAAGCUGCUCAGGCUUUGGAACCAGCCACUCUUAUACCUCUUCAACUUUUAAAAUCAAGUGGCACAAAAUGCAUCAUGGUUGGUGAUCCAAAGCAACUUCCUGCAACAGUCCUUUCUAAGGUUGCCAGCAGAUAUUUGUACGAAUGCAGCAUGUUUGAGCGCCUACAGAGAGCUGGUUAUCCAGUCAUCAUGCUCACUGAACAAUAUCGGAUGCAUCCCGAGAUAAGUUGUUUUCCAUCCUUGCAUUUUUAUGAGGGCAAGUUGCUGAACGGUGUUCAGUCAUCAAGUAAAUCAGCACCUUUUCAUAAGACUCCAGGUCUUGGACCUUAUGUCUUCUAUGAUGUCAGUGAUGGUCAGGAGUUAUAUGGCAAAAAUGCUGGGUCCUCAUCCCUCUAUAAUGAGGGUGAGGCAGAUGCUGCUAUUGAAAUAGUGAAAUUUCUUCAGGAAAGGUAUUCUUCUGAGUUUGUUGGUGAAAGAAUUGGAAUUAUUACGCCAUACAAGAGCCAACUUUCCCUCUUACGCUCAAGAUUUUCCCGUGCAUUUGGAUCAUCUAUUUCUUCAGAAAUGGAGUUUAAUACUGUAGACGGCUUCCAAGGUCGGGAGGUUGACAUACUAAUUCUUUCAACAGUUAGAUGUUCAGAUACAUAUUCUAAAGCACCCAAAAUGAACUCUAGCAGUAUUGGGUUUGUUGCUGAUAUAAGGCGAAUGAAUGUUGCUCUCACAAGGGCAAGGCUUUCUCUGUGGAUUUUGGGCAAUGGGAGGACAUUGCAGAAAAAUAGUGAUUGGGCUGCUCUUCUGAAGGAUGCCAGGGAGCGGAAUUUGGUUAUUUCUGUGAGAAGGCCUUACAAGUCCAUAUGUGAGAACAUAUUGGGUAAAAACCCCGACACUAAAUAUUCUGAUGAUUAUCGUGGGACGCUGAGUGAAGAAAAAAAGAAAAGUCAUCAUGUGAUGCCAAUAGAAAGUAAUCGUGAGGGGUGUAGAUGGAAGAGUAAGAACAAGGAAAUGAAGCAUGGACGUGAACACAAUAAACCUUCUACAAGUGAAGGCUUGGAAACUACCAAAAGCAAAGUUGAGACUACUGAGAAAUGUAAGAAGAAGGCUGAGCAGCAGAGAAUUUCAGAAGAUAAUCAUAAGAGAAUGAAAAAAAGUAAAAGUAGGAGUGUCGACCUACCUGAACAAGAAAAAGGUGGUCUUGUGAAAAUCUCAAAUCCACCAGGGUCAAGUGAGGAUGCUCAUAGGAGUGGGAAAACAGUUAAAAAAACUAGUGAUGUACACCAGCUUGAGCGUGAAAAUAGUGGCCUUAAGAACAUAUCUGAUACAGUGGAGUCAAAAGGAGUUGAAAAACCUGCACUGAAUAAAAACCAGGAAGAUAAAGCUGGUCUAAGGUCACAUGUUAGCUGCAAGGUACGAAGUAAAGACAUGGAUGCUGGCGGGAAGCUUUCUGCUGAGAUUGAGAAACCAAAGGACAUGAUUUCCAAAAGAAAGCAACAGCGAGAAGCCGUGGACGCCCUUCUUUCUUCAUCCCUUUUACCUUCUAAGAAAUCCGAAACUUCAGCCAGAGCCAAGGCCCACAAAAGGCCUCAUUCUCCAUCAUCUACAGGUGGCGUUUCUAAACCCACCAAGCAACAAAGAGGCCUACAAGCUGAACAAGGGAAGAAAAAGGACAGGAAUGUGUAAUCUCUUAGAUCCAGUAAAAGGAAAUGAUUUUGUGUUCAAUUUCAUAAUCAUUCUAUGGAGGAAGAUUGCCAUUGGUAUGACUGUAUAAGGUAUGGGACUAUGGGAGUCAUUUGCUGUGUAAGGGGGCUGUCUAAAUAUCUAUCACUUGACAGAACACUGUGCUGCUGCUGCUGGAAAGUGAACAAGGUGCAAGUCUCCCAGGCUCUGCAUGUCAAAUAGCCUGAUAAACAACCUCCAUGCAGAACCAUUAUUGAAGGGAAAACCUUCUAUGCAGAUUGUAUGGCCUUCAUAUAGAAAACCAUUGUCCUUUUUGGCAUAUCAAAGCAUGAUAAAAGUUAAGGCUCUUGAACCCCAGCAGCAAAGAGUACUUUAAGUCUGGCCUUGUUCUUCUCUGGUGUACUUGUCAAGAAAGAUGUUAACAUCCUUUAUGCCAAAGAUCGGUCCAAACUGCUAAGAUGCUUACUUCUAUCUUGCUGUUAAUUAUCCCACUAUCCUAGUGAUAUAGCUGUGUUCAUAUCGAAAAUAUUGGCAUUUCAUAGUUGAACCAACAUAGCUCAACUCGUGCAUGUUACUGCUGAUCCAGUUUUGCACCCAGCAUUUCUGUUAGUAGUUAGAGAUGUACUCUGGAGCAGGAUGAAGAUCCUGUCGUCAUAUAGUGGACUUGUAAUAUUAAACUACUUCCGGUGAUUUAUCCAUCAAAAUUGCCAAGUUCUAAAAGUGGAAAAGGGAAAGUAAUGAUGCUGCAUUUAUUGCCGAAUAAUGUAUCUGUAUAUGUUUACAGUACAUGAUUCAGAAAGUUGAGCAAUCAUUCGAGUGGUACCAAGAAUUAACGAGAAAAUUUUCUAGAACGAUGCAGGGUGAUUUCUGAAUUCUGAUUGAUACAUAAAUGAUUGCAAUGCGGUUGGCGGAGCAAGUAAAGGGUUGCUUUCUGACGCUCUAACAGAAGUGAUGAUUGAGGAAAAAUGAAUUAUACCGUGUGUGUGCUUGGUUGUGAUUGAGAUGGGCCAUGGGAGGCGCACCGUGGAGGUUCUUUUUCUCUCUCUUGAAUAUUUAUUUCGGCACCAUCCGUUUUCGGUCAAGCUACUAAUCAUAGUAUUUCCAAGUUAAGUAGGUUCUUCUGGCUGGCAAUUACAUGAUUAAUUAGUGCUUUGCAUUAGCCGGACCAUUAAACAAUAGUAUGAAUUCAAUGAAUUGUACCUUUUCGGAAAAUCCAAAAGCAAAGAAAGCUUUUUAUUUUGGGUAUACAAAAGAAAAAACUGUACUUUGUUAAUACUUUGUUAAUACCAAAAAGUUGUCUGUCUUCGUUGGUCUCAACUUGAAGUUGUCGCUGAAAGUUGUAAAUUUGUGUGGGAUGAUGGGGGUAGCUACGAGGAAUCUGUCACCAACUCACCUACACUUGAGUUUUUAGAUUAGGUACUGGACCUAUCUACUAGUGUACCAUAAAGGAUACGGAGGUUUUAUGUACAAGUGGUGUCUUGAUUAGGAAUGAUGAUGUAUUUUCGUUGUAACUUUGUCCUAAACCUCUCCUAAAAUUAUUAACAGAUGAUGUACUACUACUGUAUAUACAAUAAACUUACUUAAUUA